CUUUCAAUGAAUAUUCACAUUGAACUAGAAUUGAAUUUUAAAUAAAUAACACAACAUUUGUAAAAUAAGAGGACAGCACAAUGUCGAAAAUAUUCACACCAACGAAUCAAAUACGCCUUACAAAUGUAGCUGUAGUCCGUCUAAAGAAGGGAGGAAAACGUUUUGAGAUAGCCUGCUAUAAAAACAAAGUUUUGAGCUGGAGAAGUAAUGUAGAGAAAGACAUUGAUGAAGUCCUACAGACGCACACAGUUUUCACAAACGUUUCCAAGGGCCAGGCUGCCAAAAAGGAUGAACUGCAAAAAGCAUUUGGUAAAACGGAUGAGACUGAAAUAUGCAAAGAAAUUCUCAUGAAAGGUGAGCUGCAGGUUUCGGAAAAAGAACGACAGUCCGUACAUGAUACACAAUUAAACAGCAUAAUAAACAGUGUUGCUGCGCUAUGUGUAAAUCCCGAAACACGUCGACCCUACCCCACUACAAUUAUCGAGAAAUCUCUAAAAGAGGCACACUUUUCAAUAAAACCAAAUCGUAAUACAAAACAACAAACACUGGAUGCGAUUAAAUUAUUAAAAGAUCACAUGCCAAUUGAACGCUCCCGCAUGAAGCUACGAGUUUCGUUUGCAGCCAAAAAGGAUAAUGGACCAAAAUUAAAGGAAGCCAUUGUAAAGUUGGCAGCUUCCGUGGAACACGAAGAAUGGGACGAAUCAACAUUGCACAUGACCCUGUUGAUAGAUCCUGGAAAUUAUCGCAUAAUCGAUGAAUUGGUACGCAACGAUACCAAAGGCAAAGGUUUAGUGGAACUGUUGGAACUCAAAGAGGUCAUAGAAACGGAAGAGAUAUUUUAAAGAAUAAAUCUGUAAUUUAUUAUAAUUUUUAUAUAUUUUUGUUUGUUGUCUUUUUAUACAAUACACAUACAAUCAAUAACAUAACAUACAA